AUAUUAUACAAGACACGGCGGCCUCGAUAGCCGAUAUCUAUAUACUUUAUCAAAAAACAUUAGUCAUCUGACUAUGAAAACUAGUAGCAACACACCAAUUGACGUUGGAACAAGUUUAUAAAAACAAGUCAGAUGAAUCACCUCGAAAGUAAUACCUAUUAGCUAUUAGUCGUUCUCCUAACCUAACGCGGUCUAUUCGUCAAGUAUAAAUUGUCAUCAACGAGUAACAACAUAAAAUAAUAUUAUAUUAGGUAUAUUUUGUAUUGAGUUUAGUUUUACAAUAGUGUUGUUGUUAUUAUGGCGCAAGUACCGUUCAGCAAUCCGCCGAUGCCUUUCAUCGGGCCGAUACAAAAUGGCCUACGACAAGGCACCGUGAUCACUGUCGACGGCGUUUCUUUUCCGACGACAAACCGGGUCUGUGUAAAUCUACAAGUCGGUCCGAACGUAGCUCCUAGAGACGCGGUGGCUUUGCACGUUGCCCUAGAUUUCUCUCGCAAUUUAAUUGUCAGAAAUUCCAUACAAGGUCAAAACUGGGGAGUCGAAGAAUCUCACGGCCCGCCCGUGUCGCUCAUCAAAGGACAACCGUUCAAACUGGACAUAUUCUGCGACGUUUCUGACUACAAGAUCGCAUACAACGGGUUCCAUUAUACCGAAAUGAAACACAGGAUGCCCUUUCAAAGCGUGUACUAUUUAGCCAUCGACGGCGAGGCUCAGUUGCAUAAUAUAAGCAUAAUUUCUGGCGGAAACGUUGGCAGCGCAUCGAUGCCGACCCCAGGAGUUCCUACGGGUUUCUUGCCGUCGGGUGGAGGACAUAAUAUGCCCAUGCCCGGACAACCUGGUGGCAUGCCCAUGCCAGGCCAUCCGGGUGGUAUGCCCAUGCCUGGACACCCGGGUAGUAUGACUGGGGUUCCACACGGCUACAAAGCUUACCCAGGACAAACGCACCAUUCUUCGUAUUUACAGCCAUACUCUCGGUCGCCCAUUAAAAAUGCUAUAAAUGCCGCAAUGACAAAUUACGCUUUAACGGGUCACUUUAGUCGGAAAAAAGCAGCAAAGGCUCAGAGAAAAGCGGCGAAAAAGGCUUUGAAGUACGGCGUUCCCGUAGCCGCAGGAGCCGGUGUCGGUGCAUACGCACUUCAUCAUAAGGCGCACAAGCACAAGGGUUACAAGCACAAAGGUGACAAACACAAAGGAAAGAAGUCCAGCAGCAGCAGCAGCAGUAGCAGUAGCAGUGAUUAAAAAUAACAAUUAUUUUUUAGUUAAUUUUUUUCAUCGCGUUAAAAUAUGUUGCGAAUUGUGUUUUGGUAUUAUUAUUAUUAUUCUUUUGUUGUUUGAUUUAAUAUUGAUUUCGAUUCAAACUAAAACUAUGUAUAUGGUUUUACUAACGUUAAUCAUUUUUCUAAUUUUUAUUCUAUCAUGUUUUGCUACAUAAGGUUAUGUAUGCGGUGCUUCCUUUACGACCAUUCAAUAUUUAUUAUCGCUCUUGUUUGUUAAAUUUUUUUUG